AGAGGAGUGACAUAGCUCAAUCAAUUGACUUUUGUUUUUAUGCGCAAACAUCUAUUGAUAUGAGGAGUGCUAUGUGCACUCGAAUUUGCAAAUGCAAGCUGCACUAGGCCAGCAUUUCUUCCAUUGAUCUUGCAUAAAUGACUGGUGAACCGAUUCUUGCAGGAGCUGAUGUUGGGAUCAAUUAUGGAAGACUAGGGAACAAUCUACCUUCUCCAAAAAGGGUCAUCAAAUUCCUUGUUAAGGACUUGAAAUAUGCAAUCCCAUUGAUCAUUUGAUCCGGACCCUGAAAUCUUAGCCGCAUCGGGCAAGACCAAAUUGGUCGUCACCAGGUUCCGCUACCUCACCAUCGGCAAUGAACUCAUCCCUGGGCCUUCCGCCGCUAACGUCCUCCCCGCCAUGAAAAACCUCCAGCAAGCGGUAGUAGAGACGAAACUCUCCAACUACAUCCAGGUCUCCACCGCCGUACACUCAGCCGUGCUGGGCUCCUCGUAUCCGCCCUCCGCCGGCGCAUUUCGAGACGAUGUGGCAGGAAUCAUGACCAACAUCGUAAAAUUUCUACACAGCAACAACGCGCCGCUCCCGAUCAAUGUUUACCCGUACUUUGCUUAUGCCUCGGAUCCGGGGCACAUCUCGUUGGACUACGCCUUGUUCAGAUCUAAAAAGCCCGUCGUCAUAGACGGCAAUUUGAAGUACUACAACCUGUUUGAUGCGAUGGUGGAUGCGUUUGCGGCAGCAAUGGAGAAGGCCAUCGGGACAGAGGACAUCAAAAUCGUUGUGUCGGAGACCGGGUGGCCGAGUGCCGGGAACGAGCCGCACACGACGAAGAAGAAUGCACAAACUUACAACAAAAAUUUGAAUCACCGAAUUAAGUACCAGGGAGGGACGCCGCGGAGGCCGGAUUUGAAUCUGGAGACUUACAUCUUUGCUCUGUUCAACGAGAACCGAAAGGUCGCCGGAGUGGAGCAGAAUUUCGGGUUGUUUUAUCCAAACUUGACCCGAACGUACCCGUUAUGGUAUUCUUAAAAUUAGUUGGCAAAAGGUACCCGUUUGCCCUUAAAGAUUUCGAAUUUGAGGGUUUUUACCCUCCAUAUUAUAAUACAUGGGUUUUUACCCU